AUGAAUGUAACAACUACAAGAAAAGACCUCAUGAUAGUCAAUAUGGGACCUCACCACCCAUCAAUGCAUGGUGUUCUUCGGCUCAUCCUUACUCUAGAUGGUGAAGAUGUUAUUGAUUGUGAACCAAUAUUAGGUUAUUUACACAGAGGAAUGGAAAAAAUUGCGGAAAAUCGAACAGUUAUACAAUAUCUACCUUAUGUAACACGUUGGGAUUAUUUAGCUACUAUGUUCACAGAAGCAAUAACCGUAAAUGGACCAGAACAGUUGGGAAAUAUUCAAGUACCUAAAAGAGCCAGUUAUAUCAGAGUAAUUAUGUUAGAGUUGAGUCGUAUAGCUUCUCAUCUGUUAUGGCUUGGCCCCUUUAUGGCAGAUAUUGGUGCACAGACCCCUUUUUUCUAUAUUUUCAGAGAAAGAGAAUUAGUAUAUGAUCUAUUCGAAGCUGCCACCGGUAUGAGAAUGAUGCAUAAUUAUUUUCGUAUCGGAGGAGUAGCGGCCGAUCUACCUUAUGGAUGGAUAGAUAAAUGUUUGGAUUUCUGUGAUUAUUUUUUAACAGCGGUUUCUGAAUAUCAAAAACUUAUUACGCGAAAUCCUAUUUUUUUAGAACGAGUUGAGGGAGUAGGCAUUAUUGGUCCAGAAGAAGCAAUAAAUUGGGGUUUAUCGGGACCAAUGCUACGAGCUUCCGGAAUCCAAUGGGAUCUUCGUAAAGUUGAUCAUUAUGAAUGUUACGACGAAUUGGAUUGGGAAAUCCAUUGGCAAAAAGAAGGAGAUUCAUUAGCUCGCUAUUUAGUCCGAAUCGGUGAAAUGAGGGAAUCUAUAAAAAUUAUUCAACAAGCUCUGGAAGGAAUUCCAGGGGGGCCCUAUGAGAAUUUAGAAACCCGGUGCUUUGCUAGAGAAAGGGAUCCGGAAUGGAAUGAUUUUGAAUAUCGAUUCAUUAGUAAAAAACCUUCUCCUACUUUUGAAUUGCCGAAGCAAGAACUUUAUGUAAGAGUUGAAGCCCCAAAGGGAGAAUUGGGAAUUUUUUUAAUAGGAGAUCAGAGUGGUUUUCCUUGGAGGUGGAAAAUUCGUCCACCUGGUUUUAUCAAUUUGCAAAUUCUUCCUCAGUUAGUUAAAAGAAUGAAAUUGGCCGAUAUUAUGACAAUACUAGGUAGCAUAGAUAUCAUUAUGGGAGAAGUUGAUCGUUAA